AUGGUGAACGUUGGUCCUUCUCAUGCUGCAGUUGCUGUGGAUGCUAGCGAAGCCCGCAAAAGAAAUAUUUCAGAAGAAGUAUUCGAACUGAGGGAUAAGAAAGAUUCUACAGUGGUAAUUGAGGGUGAAGCCCCGGUAAGAACUUUUACCAGUAGCUCUAGUAACCAUGAAAGAGAGGAUACGUAUGUUUCUAAAAGGCAGGUAAUGAGAGAUAUUUUUGCUAAAUACUUGAAGUUCAUUGGACCUGGAUUGAUGGUUAGUGUGGCUUACAUCGAUCCCGGUAAUUACUCUACUGCCGUCGAUGCAGGUGCCUCUAAUCAAUUUUCCCUACUUUGUAUCAUUUUGUUAUCAAACUUUAUUGCCAUAUUUUUGCAAUGUCUGUGUAUCAAGUUGGGUUCCGUUACGGGACUAGAUCUAAGUCGAGCUUGCAGAGAGUAUUUACCACGGUGGCUCAACUGGACAUUGUAUUUUUUUGCAGAAUGUGCCGUUAUAGCCACCGAUAUAGCUGAAGUGAUUGGUACAGCGAUUGCCUUGAAUAUCCUGAUCAAAGUGCCCCUUCCAGCGGGCGUGGCCAUUACUGUUGUGGAUGUGUUUUUGAUUAUGUUUACAUAUAAACCUGGUGCGUCAUCAAUUAGGUUCAUUAGAAUAUUUGAAUGUUUUGUUGCAGUAUUAGUUGUUGGCGUGUGCAUUUGUUUCGCAAUAGAAUUGGCUUAUAUCCCGAAGAGUACGUCCGUUAAACAAGUGUUCAGAGGAUUUGUGCCAUCUGCCCAAAUGUUUGACCACAAUGGUAUUUAUACCGCUAUUUCCAUCUUAGGUGCUACUGUUAUGCCACAUUCGUUGUUUUUGGGUUCCGCUUUAGUGCAGCCAAGGCUUUUAGAUUAUGACGUUAAACACGGUAAUUAUACUGUUUCUGAAGAACAAGAUAAAGUGAAAAAAUCUAAAUCCACUGAAGAGAUUAUGGAAGAAAAAUAUUUUAAUUAUAGACCCACGAACGCUGCUAUCAAAUAUUGCAUGAAAUAUUCUAUGGUCGAAUUAAGCAUAACUCUCUUCACCCUAGCGCUUUUCGUCAAUUGUGCCAUCCUAGUUGUUGCGGGCUCCACUCUAUAUAACUCACCAGAAGCAGAUGGGGCAGAUUUGUUUACUAUUCAUGAAUUAUUAUCAAGAAAUCUGGCACCCGCAGCAGGUACGAUUUUCAUGCUCGCACUUUUAUUAAGUGGUCAAUCCGCAGGUGUAGUGUGUACUAUGUCGGGUCAAAUUGUAAGUGAGGGUCAUAUUAAUUGGAAGUUGCAGCCAUGGCAAAGAAGAUUGGCCACUAGAUGUAUUUCGAUAAUCCCUUGUUUGGUCAUCUCUAUCUGUAUCGGUAGAGAAGCUUUAUCAAAGGCCUUAAAUGCUUCCCAAGUUGUUUUAUCCAUAGUUCUGCCAUUUUUGGUAGCACCUUUAAUUUUCUUCACAUGUAAAAAAUCAAUCAUGAAAACCGAAAUUACCGUCGACCAUACUGAAGAAGAUAGCCAUAACCAUCAAAAUAACAACGAUAGAUCUGCAGGUAGCGUAAUCGAGCAAGAUGGUUCUAGUGGCAUGGAGAUAGAAAAUGGAAAAGAUGUCAAAAUCGUUUAUAUGGCAAACAAUUGGAUUAUCACUGUUAUUGCUAUAAUUGUGUGGCUUUUCUUAUCUUUACUGAACGUUUAUGCCAUUGUUCAAUUAGGCAUGUCUCAUGGUGAUAUCAGUUAA